AAAAAAAAAAAAAAAAAAAAAUUGCCAGCGCAUCAAACGUAAGGUAGAUCGACUCCUCCUUCGCUCGCACCUUCUCCGGUGGAGCUCAAGAGUUCUCUAUUAUCGCGAUGACAUGGCAGCUUAUAUCGUGACCCGUCGGUAUCGAGCAAACCCCAUUACCAACAUCUAUUUGAGCAAUAUACAGUCGGAUUCUCUAGUGCAGUCUGCAUGAUGGCAUUUGCGUCUUUGCUCGUAUUACUUGUUUCACUCCAUUCAGCCUGAGUGCUUAUCGUCUUGGGAUACUUGAAAUUUAUUAAGGCAUACUGCAAUUCCCCUCUCUUUUCCAUACCGCACAUCCCACUAUUGCCGAAUUGUAACCUCUCUAGAAGCACAGUCCUAUGUUGUCAUGAACUUCUGCAAGUCCAUUUGUCUGCACGUUGAGUGAAUCUCUUGACAAUGCAAAGUCCGCCCAUUUGGCGUUGGCCGUUGUCUCCUGCUUCUCCUCAAUCCUCUCCUCCCAAACCAUCACUUUACCAUGCGGUGUCCAUGUUGAAUCUGCACUCAGGUUCAACCUGGCAAUGGCCAAACUCUCCGACUUCGCCGCGCUCGCCACCUUUGACAAGUCGGUGCGCAACGCCUGUUCUGGCUUCUCGCAAUCCAUGGUCAAAGUCGCCAAGCCCUCCUCUUUCCCCGCUGGCGGCUAUAGAUGAGGGUCUCAAGAAGACACCAACGCAAUCACCGUCAACAAGUCGAACAGCCACUCCAAUCGCUCCUCAACCUAUUCAUCCUCCUUGCCCAAUUCCUCGUACUCCUUUCCAACAGAUCCCUCCAUCACCUGCACCCUCCUGUUUCCAAUUAUCUCCCACACCAACGCCGUAUGCGCAGAGACAGCAAGAGAUUGCAUCUCCAGUUUCGCUCGCUGAGGGGAUCCUGACCCCUGCUUUGAUCGCGGAGCUCAAACUUUCGUUUCCGAGCCUGCUUAGCAGGCAAGGAUGGGAUCGACCGACUGCACAAAUAUGCUACAUAUGGGCUCUUCGAAACCCCAGAACAGCUUUACUUCUCUACAUGACCGAGAAUCUUGCAGCAUGGCCUGUAGCGGCGAUAUUUGCACCUUUAGAGGAUGGCAUGCUUCCAUUUUCCAAAGCCGACCUCUCCGAGGUCGUUAACGACCCACAAGAAGUGGUCAACGUGCAGUGGAGGGUCAUGGUACGCUUGCUACCUGUAGAUGGCGAGCACAUUGACCUGAAUAAGACCGACGCGCUCCCGUUACAGCCCGUUAAGGAUUUGAAACCAGAAAGCGUGAGCGGGGAGCCGGGAAUGGACCGUGUACACUGGCUUGGUGGUCCGGAAGAUCGAAUCUACGCCCGAAAAACAAUUGUGUUUACGCGGCAAGCCCAGAGAACAGCGAUCGCGAGUCAACUGCGCAGCUUGAAAGCAUUACGGCAUGAGAAUAUAGUCCGGAUUCGGUGCUCAUACACGCAGACAAAUGCAUAUGGAAUCAUCACGACGCCUGUAGCUGAAUGUGACCUUGGCGAAUACCUCCAGCUGCCUUUAAAAACCAUCCGUCCCGAGCUGAUAAGGGGAUGGCUGGCCGAUUUAGCUGGAGCUUUGGAACACAUUCAUUCCCAUGAUAUCAGACAUCAAAAUAUUUGCCCCAGGAAAAUAAUGAUCAAUGGCGAUCAUAUAUUCUUUGGGGCGUUUGGUCUUGAGCCGCCCCCUCUUGGAACAGAGUCUCCGAAUCCCAGCCCGUCGUCAAUGGACCAAACAAAAUCCUUUACUUAUGCAGCACCAGAAUCUGUGCAUCGCCAGCGACGAUCUCGCCCUGCAGACAUUUUCUCUCUUGGCGCUGUUUUCUUGGAAAUGAUGACGGUCAUCAAAGGACAAUCCAUUGAGACAUUCCGUUCCUUUCGGCAGCGAGACGGAAAUGAUAGUUUUCAUGCGAAUUUAGACAAGGUAGGGCUUUGGUCUCAGCGAUUGGAGUCGAUCCCCCGCCAGACUCGCCAUCGACGCGCCCUAGCCAUCGAUUCAAUGGCACUAUCCUUCAUCACGCCCAUGUUGAACCUCGACGCGGCAAAACGACCUCGAGCAAGGCUUUUGUCAUCGUCUUUCGCCGGCUGGAAUGCUUGGCGGACGGCGCCAGUUUCUGGUUCGAAUCAUAGCAUUGAGGGUGUUUUCCAGCGAACAACCUACAAUGAUGCGCGAAGACAAGAUUUUGAGAGCCUUGAUGGAUAUUACGCUCGCAACUGAUACGAAAAUAACAGAGUUUGGGGCGCCAUUAACCCGGAACGGCAAUUCAUAUAUUAAUGCGGAGUAUAACAAUUAAACUCACGAAUAGUCCCGAUAUGUUAGCUCUGUGAUGCACAAACGAACCUGGUCCAUGGACCCCCACGGCCAUCGGAGGAACAUUGCGAUUUCUACCGAACAAUAAGGGCAAGGGUAUCAGGGUCCGACUGCGAUAACCACUUCCUUUCUCCUUGUUUUUAUCUAAGCUAGCCAUGUGCUUCGGAAUCGGGAAACUCGAACUAUGCUCCCUCGGGCGCCGUCGCUCAGUAUGGUUGUUGAGGCACGGUCCAGCCAUUUCAAAGACAUGAACAUCGUUGCGGAUUGUAAUGGUAUCUGAUACGGUAAGCUUUAUCAGAAUUGACCCAUUCCGGGACGAGUUCUCAUGCCCCGAGCAUCGGUCAAUGCUUCAAAUUAGUUAGUUAUACACUAUCUUGUAGUUUCCUUUGACGGGGAUUUG